GCCAUAAGCAGAAGCACCUGACAAACACAUCUCUCUCGUGAAGAAAAUGUGAUCCGCGCAUGUUUAUACAAUAUCGGUUGAUAACUGUUCUGUACUAAGGUUUAAACGUUAUUACUUUUUAAGGAGGAGAUCGAAACAAAACCCUAUCUCAGUGUGACAAAACACAGGCUGCCCUAGAUAACUGACACUCGGCAGGUUCAAGGUUCCGUUUUUCAUUUUACUGCGACCCCCAGUAUCUCGGAAUUCUUGAGUUGCGUUUACUUCGAUCUUCAGGCAUGAAGUGGUGUAUUUUCGGAAUUCUGGUUUCUUCUCUUAUGAUAAUCUGCUUUGGUGCCGUACCGGAACUGGAUACAGACUGGAAUCUAUAUAAACAAGAAUACAGGAAGCAGUAUCUCUCGGAAACGGAAGAGUCUACCAGACGAGAGAUUUGGGAAGAAAACCUGGACUACAUCAAUCAACACAAUGAAAAGUUCAACAAGGGCGAUAAGUCGUACCUUAUGGGUUUAAAUGAAUUUAGUGAUUUGAGCCACGAGGAAUUUGUCCAAAAAAUUGCUGGUGGUUUUACACCACGUGAAGAAAAUGUAUCAUACUUAAAAUCUCAACCCGCUUCUAACCUAUGGGAAGACACUUCCGGUCUGCCGUCUGAAUUAGACUGGAGAGAAAAAGGUUGGGUUGGGCCAGUUGGCAAUCAGUUUUCUUGCGGUUCUUGCUGGGCAUUCACGGCAACAGGUGCACUGGAAGGUCAAGUCAAGAACAAAACUGGAAAGUUGAUAGUGUUGUCUGUGCAGCAACUGAUGGAUUGCAGUGGGAAAUGGGGUAAUCACGGCUGUGAAGGCGGACUGAUGGACUCUGCAUUUAAAUACGUUAAAGACGUCGGAGGAAUAGAGAGCAGUGAGACGUAUCCGUAUUCCCCUCAGGAAGAAACUUGCAAGUUUAACAAAUCGGCCAUCGUAGCUAAAGUGACAGGCUACAAAGACCUUCCUAAGUCAGAGAAAGCCCUCAUGGCAGCCGUGGCGACCAUAGGUCCUGUAUCAGCCGCCAUUGAUGCUACCCAGCGCUCUUUUCAGUUAUACAAAUCAGGGGUGUAUGACGAACCCCACUGUAAGGAACAAGUAGACCACUCUCUUGUGAUUGUCGGAUACGGAGCUCUAGACGACAAGAAAUACUGGAUUGCUAAAAACAGUUGGGGUACAUCUUGGGGAGACAAAGGCUAUGUACUAUUGUCUAAAGACAAACACAACCAGUGUGGGGUUGCCAACACCUGUAGUUACGUCACUGUAUGACAACCUGUUACGUCAUCAUUACGUCAGGACUCGUGGCAACAUGUGGACAAAUAUUUCGUAGACAACGAAAUAUCAAACGAUUAAUGAUACAUUUCAGCCACGAAAUGUAUAUGUAAUGGAACAAUUACCAUGUCCCUUGAAAUCAGCUUUCAUUACAUUGUGUAAUAAAUGAAGAAAUGCGAUCGUCUUCCUUUUUGUUGUAAUAAAAUAACUAUCAUUUC